AUGAGGUGGAGCCACCAGGGGAUCGUGGCCACCAUGGCUCUGAAGUCCCUUGUCCUGUUCUCACUGCUGGUCCUGGUGCUGCUGGUGCUCGAGGGGGCCCAGGCUGCUUCUGUCCAGGAUUUCCAGAGGAAGCACCUGGACCCCAGGAUUGGUCCCUUCAGCCGCAACUACUGCACCCAGAUGAUGAGGAACCGGAAACUUUCAGGAAGGGUCUUUAAUACCUUUGUGCACCAAACCCUUGCGGCUGUCCAGGCUGUCUGCCGUGAGCCAAAUAUCCCUUGCAAAAACACGAAGAACAACUGUCACAGGAGCCCGUACCGAAUGAGAAUCACAGACUGUAUCCUGACAAGGCAUCGCCCCAUAAUUACCUACACAUCACGGCACCGCAGCGCAUACAUCGUUGUUGCCUGUUUUGGGAAACCACCUAUGCCUGUCCACUUUGAUGGUUCCAGAUAG